UACAUGGUCUGAGUUAUUGAGAUAGGCUGCAAAGUUCAAGGCGACUAAUACUAUUAUAUUUCUCACUAACAACUAGUUAGUGUAAAGACAAAUUAAAUAUAAAUUAGUAUAUUUAAAGUCAGUGUUUUCGUUGCAAGAAAUUGUUUAGUUAUAAUAAAAUAAUUACUAAGAAAACAUCAAGACGUGUAAUAAAAACUAUAGAGUGAGGCGCUUUACUUGAGGUUAGUGUUUCCACAUGUUCAGACAUAGAAAAUGUUGUAAACAAGUGCGCGGUAAAUUCGUAUAGUUAGUUUUAUGGAAUAUGUUCAUUUAAUGUUGACCUUCUAAUAGUCACGUUGAGUAUAACAAACAAAACAUGUCAGAGAAGAAAGACCAGGUUGCCAAUGAACAGGAACAUUUGACUCAAACUCACGAAUUCAAACCAGGAUGGUCGUUCUAUUUGGUGCUAGCCGGGGUGACAACCACCUUCGGUUCCUCCUUGCCUGUGGGAUUCAACAUAGGAGUUGUCAAUUCGCCAGCUGAGAUUAUAAAGACCUUUUGCAACGAAAGUUUCAUUAGUCGCUACGAUCUACCAUUGGAUAAGACAUGGCUCAAUGUGCUCUGGUCUUCGAUUGUAUCAAUAUUUAUUGUCGGGGGCUGCACUGGGUCUAUACUCGGUUCCUGUUUUGCUGACAAGUUUGGAAGAAAAUAUGCCACAAUAAUUACGAAUCUCUUAUCGAUUGCGGGAGCGAUUCUGUUCUUAUUCUGUCGCGCCGCUAAUUCCGUGGAAAUGCUUGUACUCGGAAGAUUGCUUGUCGGUCUUGCUGGUGGUCUGACGACGAGUAUAGUGCCCAUGUACUUAACGGAGCUGUCACCACCCAGGCUGUCGGGAGCCAUGGGGGUCGCCUGUCCACUUGGAGUUAAUGCUGGAGUGCUUGUGGGACAAGUUAUGGGGCUGGACGUUAUAUUGGGCGGAGUCGACAACUGGCCCUAUCUGUUAUCCGUCUUCGCGUUACUAGUCAUAAUAUCAUUGCCGAUUCUAUUUAUAUUACCAGAGAGUCCGAAAUACCUUUUUGUCGUUAAGAGAAACGAACCAGCGGCUAUAAAAGAACUGAGUCGCUUACGUGGAGAAAUUCCGAGCGUUCUCACCGAAGACUUGGAACUGUUAAGAGAGGAGGUGCGAGCCGAAGCCAGCACGAGUGGAGAAAAAUGGGGAAUGUGGAGGGUAGCCCGCGAACCUAAGCUUCGACUGCCCCUACUCCUCGCGUGCACCAUGCAAGCCGGGCAGCAGACCAGUGGCAUCAAUGCGGUGUUCUACUACUCGCAGACGAUCUUCGAGCAGGCGGGGCUGUCGGCGCGGGCGGCGCAGCUGGCCACCGUCGGCUGCGGCUCCGUCAACGUGUGCACGGCGCUGGCCAUGCUGGCGCUGCUGCCGCGCGCCGGGCGCCGCGCGCCGCUGCUGGCGUCCGCCGCCGCCGCCGCGCUGCUGCUGGCCGCGCUCGCGCUGGCCAUGGCCUACAUCGAUGCGAUGCCCUGGAUGCCGUACGUGUGCAUGUCGGCUGUGAUAUUGUACGUUCUGGUGUUUGGAUUCGGUCUCGGCCCUAUACCUUAUUUCAUUGCUUCGGAGCUGUUCGAGGUGAGCUCUCGCGCGGGCGGCAUGGCGUGGGGCUCGCUGUGCAACUGGGGCGGGAACUUCCUGGUGGGCAUGAGCUUCCCCACGCUGCGCGAAUUCUUGGGCGCCGGCAGCUUCCUGCUGUUCUCCGCGCUCACCGCCGCGCUCUUCUUCUUCCAGAGAUUAUACUUCCCCGAAACGAAAGGCAAGACGCCGACUCAGGUGGCGCAGCUCUGCAGUCGCGGGCUGAAAUCCCGUCCACUGAACUCCCGUCACCAGGGAGACGCCUGACGACCUCGUGACGUCACUGGCCAGUAUCACUUGACAUCGAUUAUUGACGCAGUUAGACGGAUCUGAUCAAAUGUCCAUAAGUCCAAGCUAAUAAUAAAACUUUACAGAAUUGUGUGAAUGGAAUGUUAAAAAAAGAAAAUCUUUAACUAGAAAUUUCUGCUAAAAAUUACACUGCUAUAUCAUAGGUCGAGC